GGCUCAACAAUGACACAGUUUGUUGUACCACAUAGGGACGAAGCUUUUCGUGGCUAGGGUUGAGGAGGGCUUGCUGGUUAUGUGCAACGGCUUUGCACAAUAUGACCUAGGUUCACGUCCCUGCUCUGUCACCUACUAGUUGUGUGACCCUUAUUUAACCUCUGUGGACCUCAGGGUCCUCAUCUCUGAAACGUGGAUAAUAGUAGUACUUAAUUCAGAAUUGUAAGAAUUAAGCACUUGUUAAUACAUUAAAGCAUUUAGAAGGCACAUUAAGUCCUAUAGUAAGCAUUAGGUUACAUUCAUCAAAACCUGCUGCAUACUUAUCUCCUGCAAGUCUCAUAAGCACUUCAGAAAGUGUGGUGUCUCCAUUCUACGAAUGAGGAAACUAAGCUCAAGGCAGCAAGUGAUGAGUGCAGGGUCACUUGGAGAUACAUUUUAGGGCUGCCCCACAAGACCAGCUCCUAGAAAAUAAUGCAAUCAAUCAACUUCUGCGAGGCGGGACUUAAAUCCCACUAAAACGUGCUUAAUUCAUUCAACAUGGCGUUGGCAUCUUACCAGGCAGGAAAAAAAAAGAGUACGCCAAGGCGAAAAGGAGAGUCUCCAUCUAUUGCGUCUCAGGCUUCCGCCAAGACUGGCGGAAAAAAACGAGUCCGCUCGGAAGCGGUCGCCUGCCUUCGGCAAAAAUCGUCAGGAGGCGGGGCCCGCGCUUCGGCACGUUCCGCGCAGGGCAUUGUGGGAAGGGCGGCCGGUGCAGCAGCAGCUGCCAUCUUAGGGGCGCCUUGCGCUACGGCUUUCUCGUUGGAGGCGGCCUUCGUGGCAGCUGUAAACGUCGGGAAAAGGCAUAAAGUCCGUUGGCCGACACCUUUCUUUCCUCCGGCCUCGGUAGAACUGCCAGCCCGCGUCCGAAGGCGGAGGCGAGGGGAACUGGCCGCGUGAGGGGCCUGAGGCGAGCGGUUAGAGCGUCGCCCGGAAGGAUGGGCCGGUCUCGGAGCCGGAGCUCGUCCCGCUCCAAGCACACCAAGAGCAGCAAGCACAACAAGAAGCGCAGCCGGUCCCGGUCGCGAUCCCGGGACAAGGAGCGCGUGCGGAAGCGUUCCAAAUCUCGGGAAAGUAAACGGAACCGGCGGCGGGAGUCGCGGUCCCGCUCGCGCUCCACCAACACGGCCGUGUCCCGGCGCGAGCGGGACCGGGAGCGCGCCUCGUCCCCGCCCGACCGCAUCGACAUCUUCGGGCGCACGGUGAGCAAGCGCAGCAGCCUGGACGAGAAGCAGAAGCGAGAGGAGGAGGAGAAGAAAGCGGAGUUCGAGCGGCAGCGAAAAAUUCGACAGCAAGAAAUAGAAGAAAAACUCAUCGAGGAAGAAACAGCACGAAGAGUGGAAGAAUUGGUGGCAAAAAGAGUGGAGGAAGAACUGGAGAAAAGGAAGGAUGAAAUUGAACGAGAAGUUCUCCGAAGGGUGGAGGAAGCCAAACGCAUCAUGGAAAAGCAGUUGCUCGAAGAACUCGAGCGACAGAGACAAGCUGAGCUUGCAGCACAAAAAGCUAGAGAGGAGGAAGAACGUGCAAAACGUGAGGAGCUAGAGCGAAUACUGGAAGAGAAUAACCGAAAAAUUGCAGAAGCACAAGCCAAACUGGCCGAAGAACAGUUGAGAAUUGUUGAAGAACAAAGAAAGAUUCAUGAGGAAAGGAUGAAACUAGAACAAGAACGACAACGUCAACAAAAAGAAGAACAAAAAAUUAUCCUGGGCAAGGGGAAGUCCAGGCCAAAACUGUCCUUCUCAUUAAAAACCCAGGAUUAAAUUGCAAACUCUGAACUUUUUACAAAGAAAAAUGGAAAAACUUUGUAUGGUAGCUUCAUGUUGAAGUGGUUUUUUGUUUUUGUUUUUGUUUUCGUUUUUUUAAUUUGUAAAAUCUGGAAAGUUAGCUUGUUCUAAUAGGGGCUAUGCUCUGCAAUUCCCUUUUUUUUUUUUUUUUUCCUUCCACUAAGUCAAAUCCUUAUCAGAUCAUUGUUGUCUUCUAAGGAGUGACGUAUUUUUCACCUGUUUGGAUUCUAUAUUAGUGGUCUGAGGAAGAGCAGAUCACAUUGUAAAACUAUGGAUGGUCUGAUAAGGCUUUUACUGACCCCACUGACUUCAGAGUUAUACUCUGUUUGCUACAUCAUAAUGCUGGUUUUGCUGACUUUUUGUUUUUUUAUAUAUUUAUAAAAAAAGAAAAAGUUGGUGAUUGCAUUGGGAAAUUCCCAGGGUAUUACUGGACCUAUGUGGUGUAUUGUUAAACCAGUGUCCUUGUGAUACUGUUGCUCUUGAUGUUCCUGAUACAGGUAAGGAAACAGUUGGUCAACUGAUACAAAGUAUAUAUACAGUUCAGUAUUGUCUCUGUUCAUUUUGUUUUUAUUUCAUUGACAAAAUCAAACCAGCAUUCCCCAUUGUGUAAAUAAAUGAUUUUGCUGAAUAAAGUAAAGUCUUAAAUUCGUA